GCAGGUGUGACUGAGGCUACAGAACCAUGGAUCUUGAUAUCGUGACUAUGCUUGCAUUAGCAGGAGGGACACUGGCAAUUCCCAUCCUGGCAUUUAUGGCCUCCUUCCUGCUUUGGCCAUCAGCGCUCAUUAAUGUCUAUCACUGGUACUGGAGGCAAGCACUAGGGAUGCAGGUUAAAUAUGUUUAUGCUGGUAACUACCAAUUCUGCUACUCUUACCGAGGAAAACCUGGAAACAAACCAUCCAUCCUGAUGCUACAUGGAUUCUCAGCACACAAAGAUAUGUGGUUAUAUGUGGUCAAAUUUCUUCCAAAGAAUUUGCACCUGAUCUGUGUUGAUUUGCCUGGUCACGGAGGCACAACUCGCACAUGUGCUGAUGACUAUUCAAUUGAGGGACAGGUGAAGCGGAUACAUCAGUUUGUUGACUCCAUCAAGCUGAACAAGCGACCUUUUCAUCUGGUUGGUACAUCUAUGGGUGGUAAUAUAGCUGGAGUUUAUGCUGCACAGUAUCCCUCAGAAGUUUCUAGUUUAUCUCUAAUAUGCCCUGCUGGUUUGCAGUAUCCAAAGGAAAAUGAAUUUGUGAAAGGUUUAAAAAACCUGGAGGAGACCCGUGAUGUGACAAAAGUCCCUCUUAUCCCUUCAACACCUGAAGAAAUGGAAGAAAUGUUGAAACUUUGCUCUUAUGUCCGAUUUAAAGUACCACAACAGAUUCUACAGGGUCUGGUUGAUGUGCGAAUUCCACACAAUGAAUUUUACCGGGAAUUAUUUUUAGAAAUUGUCAAAGACAAGUCAAGACAUGCCCUACAGCACUGUAUGAGCAAACUUAGUAUGCCAGUUCAAGUCAUUUGGGGAAAACAAGAUCAGGUAUUGGAUGUUUCUGGUGCUGAUGUCUUAGCUGGGUCUGUACCAGGCUGCCAUGUGGAAUUAUUGGAAAACUGUGGCCAUUCUGUGGUAAUGGAGAGACCACGAAAACUAGCCAAAGUCUUGGUAGAGUUUCUAUCAUCUCUGAACAAUACAAACUCUGACAAGAAGAAGAAAACUGAUUAAACUUUGUUAUGUUCCAUUAUGCCAGAAGGGAGAAAUGAUUCUUGCAUUUCAAUGAUUUCUCAGAGACAUUUGAUGAAGCACACAUGUAGUCCAUAAAUGGUUUCCAUGAUUCUAAGAUCAGUAACAUACAGGACCACUGCAGUCUACUGAUUAUCAGAAAUGAGGUUGUCUGCUUUGAAGUUUUUUUUACAAAUUCACAAACUAAUUUAAUGACUUAACAGAUCUUCCAUGUAUAGGAUACUGACACCAGGACUAAUGCAAAUGACAAUGAUUCAGCUUAUCAGGCUGCUUAAAAUUGGGGAAGGGUCUUGCUGAGUCAAGUCUGUCCCCCAAUGUUUCAGCAUGUUGCAUAAUAGUACGUAGAUGCCCUUCCUUGGUUGGGCCUACAUUUUUUGCAGCGCACAAAGUACAGCACUAUGCAACAUGUAUGAUUUGAACAACUAUUUAUAAAGCUGGAACACAGAUCAUUUUGUAUUCUACAAAACAGAACUGUAAGGCUUUUUUUACAACUCGGUUCAUUAUCGUGGUUGUGUGACUAGUGUAUGCCUGUAACAAUGAAGUGAUUUUUUUUUAAUAAUGCAUUCUAUACAGGCAAUAGCAGUCCAGAUUUUGUUUGUGCUCUUUUAGACAGUCACGUGGAGCUUUUCUUCUAUUCUCAUACCUUUAUCUUUUUAGAUUUUAAUUUGUGUUAGCAUCUUUAGUAAAACUUAUGUAAUGCAUUUUUUUUUACAUUCUAGGUGUCUUGUGCCCCCCAAAGUAAAUGAAUUAACUGAUAAUUUGUUCAGGCACAUUCUGUCAUUCUUUAAGGUGUUACAUACAUGAUAAACGUCAUUUAAGCUUAGCUUUUGUGUCUUAUGCUGAGUACUUCUCAGCAAACUCAUGAGAUGCAGUCAGUCUGAAGGCCACAUAAUCUGUUCACUACUGCAGAUUCACACUGUAGACACACAGAGCUCUAAGUAUUCAGGUCAGAUACUGAAAUACUUCCUUUCAUUAUAUAGUAUUUUCUAUUAAGUGCAAAUUGCAAGUGACAUUCUGAAAGUAGACUCCUUUACAGCAUAAAUAAUUGCUAUGGUACAAUGCUAAAGCAGCUCCUGUAGCAGGACUACUCUUCCACCUUCCAUCUUCAUACUUGCAAGUAAGCAGGCCUCUAUCCUUAGGUUAGCUGCAUACACUUACAGACAUAAUGCCGGCAACAUAACAUUACCUUUAUAAUAAAACAGAUUUGUUAAAUUAUAACAGAGAAAAUUUAGCAUGUCUAGUUACAGCAUGGUAUUCUGAAGAAAUGCAAUAUUAUAUUUCAUUUGCAAAGGGUAACAAGUGAAAAACAGAGUAUAUAAUGCACAUCUUUUAUUUAGCGUUAAAUAUAUCAUUGUGGGCAGUUAAGCAUGUACUAUACAAGACUAUUGAGGGGCCCACCCAGUUUCCCAUUUGCCUUAGAGCACUGUCUGUUUAUGUUAACUUGGCCAGAGUCGCACAGUAGAAAAAUAGAGGCUGAAAGAUUCAAACCUUGGACUACAUGAAGCAGCUUGUUAGCUUAUAUCCUCUAUCCUCUGCACUAACUGCCAAAGGCAUUAAAAUUCUCUGAUCAUGAUUCUAAUCCAGGCUGUGGUAUCGAGAGUACCAAAUCCUAAUCACUAAACCACCAGGGAGCCCCACAAAUCUAAUUAAUAAAGUAUGUAAUUUCCUAUUUUUCAUCUUAGCUUGUAAGUAGCAGACAAACUACUCGAAAUUAAAGAGGUGAAAAAGUUUACUAAUCAGUUAGAUCUGCUGACAUGGGACAGCACUGAAAACAAUUGAAUGAAUGCAUGAUUUAUGUGACUUUUAUUUUUGCCUGAUUUUCAAAACCAACAACAAUAUCCUGCAGAAAGGAAGAGUACUUUUCAAUGAGUAUUUUAUUAGGCAAAUCAGUUUAAAUAUUCUGUAUUUAAAUGUAAAAAUGGAUCUUGGAUAUGUUUCUUUAUUCUUUGCUGAUAUAUUUGUUUUGUCCUUGUGUGUAAAGAGCAAGUCAGAUAUGUAGAUCACAUCUCUUUCAAACAAAAUUUAAAUUUUUGACUGCAUAAUUAAAAUAACCAUUUAAUAUA